AACCCCAACUCAUACUACGACCACACAAGCCUCUCACCAGUACGAGGGACAAAGUGCAGUAAUCCGUCAACAAGUCACUUCUCUUCCAACAGUACCGGUCGUGAAGCAACAAUGGCUGAGCAACUCGUUCUCCGCGGCACCCUUGAGGGCCACAGUGGUUGGGUGACCAGCUUGGCGACGUCGCUCGAGAACCCGAACAUGCUGCUCUCGGCCUCGCGCGACAAGACUCUCAUCAUCUGGGACCUGACUCGCGACGACACCUCCUACGGCUACCCCAAGCGCUCCCUGCACGGCCACAGCCACAUCGUCUCCGACUGCGUCAUCAGCUCCGACGGCGCCUACGCCCUCUCCUCCUCCUGGGACAAGACCCUCCGUCUCUGGGAGCUGUCCACCGGCCAGACCACCCGUCGCUUCGUCGGCCACACCAACGACGUCCUCUCCGUCUCCUUCUCCGCCGACAACCGUCAAAUCGUGUCCGGCAGCCGUGACAGGACGAUCAAGUUGUGGAACACCCUCGGUGACUGCAAGUACACCAUCACCGACAAGGGACAUACCGAGUGGGUGAGCUGUGUGCGCUUCAGCCCCAACCCGCAGAACCCGGUGAUUGUGUCUGCUGGGUGGGAUAAGUAUGUCAAGGUCUGGGAACUCGCCACCUGCCGCAUCCAAACCGACCACAUCGGCCACGCCGGCUACAUCAACACCGUCACCAUCUCCCCCGACGGCUCCCUCUGCGCCUCGGGUGGCAAAGACGGCACCACCAUGCUCUGGGACCUCAACGAGUCCAAACACCUCUACUCCCUCACCGCCGGCGACGAAAUCCACGCCCUCGUCUUCUCCCCCAACCGCUACUGGCUCUGCGCCGCCACCGCUUCGUCGAUUAUCAUCUUUGAUCUGGAGAAGAAGAGCAAGGUGGAUGAGUUGAAGCCGGAGUACAUGGAGGUGGGCAAGAAGAGCCGCGAGCCGGAGUGUGUGAGUUUGGCGUGGAGUGCGGAUGGGCAGACGUUGUUUGCCGGGUACACGGAUAAUAAGAUUCGGGCUUGGGGGGUGAUGAGCCGUGCGUAGAGAGAGUGAGGUGCAUGUUGGUGGGAUGUUGUCGGUGGUGGUGGUGGUGGUGGGGUGUUUGCACGAUGAUGCUCGAUACGAGGAUCGCCCUUUGCUUUGCGAGCAGUGUAACAGCAUAGAUGGCUGGAGCCGGGGGCGACUUCCGAUGAAAGGUCGUAGCGGUGCACGUGCUGAGUUCGUGUUGCUAGAGUAGAAUGUUGCUACACACCGAAAUCGCUCGUUCGAGACUCCCCUGACCAUGAUUCGCCCUGUUGGCUUGGAGCGAGUACCCCAGAUACAAACCGAGUGUGCUCGAGCCUUGGAGCAUGCAAAGACCACAUCCAUGGAGACCACAAUAGGCAUUCCGGCAGCC